AUGAUUGAAUCCACAUUGAGCAACAACGGCAAUAAUACGACGAACAGUGACCGGGAUGAAAAAAGCAGAAAUAAGCAAAAUAAUGGAACUAUCCGCUGCAUGCCGCAAAAAAUUUUUCCAUUAGCUGAUGAGAGAAUUGAGGAUUUGAUUUAUCCAAGUAUAACCUAUCAUUACUCAGUGAGCAAAAACGCACGAUACGUAUACGUGAUCGGUGAGGACCCCACGGAACUGCAAUCCCAACUUUUCGUAUGGGAUUUACAUCGAGGAACAGCACGACGUUACUCGGUCAUUGACUUUCCAUCUUCUUUGCAAAUGAAACAUUUGUAUGAGAUCGAUGCUCUUCAAGGAAUAUUGGUAUGCUGCAGUACUGGAUGCUUUUACGUGUAUGCAAUUCGAUUCGACCAUUCUCAAGAAUCAGUCCGAAUUCAACAAACUCUCUUUUACCAACUGAACAACAACUCACAUUUCUGGAGCUCUGCAAGAGCCUUUUCCGAAAGAGGCAUCAUUUUCAUGUCCCAACAUGAUCAGAUCCGAAAUUUCUACGUGGCCCAGAUUAGUCUGGAUACACCGGUACGGUCUGUCCUUCUUACUGCACGUAUGUCCGGUUUGCGUUUUUGUGGUCAACCCUGGGUUGAUGGUAACUAUAUGUACUUAUUUGAGAGUGCCUCAAUAACUACCUACACGGAAAUAAAAUACUUAACUGGCCGUUUAGUUCGGGCCAAUCUACAUACCGGUGAAUUGGACACUGUAUGUACAAAGGCAACUGGCAAUAUCGGGAGCAGUUUACCAGCUAUUCGACAACAACAGCAAUCACUAAUAGGACGAGAUACAACAUCACAACAAGUGACAAAUCCUACUAAGCUUAUUAGGCGCGUAAAACACGUGGGACGAGAUGGAUGGCUAUGGAUAAUAGCGGAAUUUGUGGAACUCAACGAUACUCCUACUCAAGAUACUGCCCGUUGUGAGAUAUGUGUUGUGGAAAUGCAAACAUUUAUGUGGUAUCGUUUGGAUUGGCUUCCUGGAUGUAAAUUUGACGAACUAACAUUGGACAUCACCCGCAACGGCACCGUGGUUAUGCUUCGGAAAAAAAUGUUACAGAUGGCCAAUCAAACACAAGUCGAUUCUUUCUUAUUGUUUUCCAGAAACCCGGAACCACUGCUUAAGCAAAGCUUCCGUGCUUUAAUUACUUAUUUCCCGACUUGGAGAAGUUUGAAUUGGGAACAGUUGCAUUUCUUUGGCAUACCAACUCAUUUACUUAUUCCUUGA